CCAUUAACAGCUCCAAAAAAAAGGGAAAUCCAGAGCAAACUUAUCGCCAAAUUUACAACAGCCAUUCAGAGUAGACGCUGGCACCGGAAAUCUAUAAGGCAAUCGUGAUAUCAGUCAAUCAAUCAAUCAAUCCGUCCAAUCAUGUCGCAGCUGUACGAUCUCACGGAGGUGGCCCAGCAGAAUGGCAAGAACGGCAAGCCCUGCUGGCUGAUCAUCAAGGGAAACGUGUACGAUGUCACCAAGUUCCUUAACGAACAUCCUGGCGGUAACGAUGUCCUCCUCGAAUAUGGCGGCAAGGAUGCCUCUAAGGCAUUCAAGCAAGCUGGUCACUCUAGCGAUGCCGAAAAGGAUCUGAAGAACUACAAAAUUGGUGAAAUAAAUCCAGCAGCGCCGCCCAUUCAGGUCCAGCCUACUGCCUUGCCCGCCAAGAGCCCGACGGAAAACCCAAUAUCCGGCGAUCCACAGCCGGCCAAGAAGAGCUCCGGUGGUUUCCUUUGCUGCUGCUAGAAACCACUUCGUCUUGUGUUCUAUAAUUGAUUUAUUAACAUAAUAGGCUCAGGUCGUUAUUAAUUUAGUGUAAUUAAUUUGUAACUAGGGUAGGUUCAUCUCUCGCAUACUCAUCGUGUCCAUACAAAACUAGCCUAAGAAGAUCAACUCUGCUUACCUCGCGAUCUGAAUAAAUUGCAAACAAUUCCGGCGGAGCAACUCCGCCAAAUAUUAA